GCAAACAUGUUCCAGCUUCGCUUGUGACACAACAGAACAGUACCGCACCACAGAAACACUGCUCGCACCAUGUUGCCCAGCGCCCCCGCCAUCCUGAAGUCCACCUCCCAGGCGCUCAGCCGAGCUGCCCGGCCCCUGCUCAUACCCCGGGCCCGCGCUCUCGGUCUGGCGGCGCCCGAGCUCGUCCAGACCGACAACCUGCCCAAGUACAACGCGGCGAAGCUCGCCGGGCGCCCGUUCCUCCCCGGCUCCGACACCAAGGGGUUCCCUGCCACCCUGAACCCCAUCCGAGUGGAUUUCCCCGCCGUGUUCCACCCCAAAGCGCCCGCCGAUGCAGACAAACUCCCCCUGGAAGAGUGGGGGGCGAUGGUGAGGGAAAUAGUGGACAGGGAACUGUCAAAGACAGGCGUGCUGCUGUUCCGCGGCUUGCCCAUCCGGACCCGCGAGGACUACGCCAGGCUAUUUGACGGGACUGGCCUAGCGCCAAGGGACUAUGUCGGCCACGCAGGCAGGCGGGAGCAGCUGGACACGAACGUGUACUCCUCUAACGACGACCCGCUGGAGUUCACCAUCGACAUCCACACCGAGUUGUCUUUCAUGCCGGCUCCUCCGCAAAAGGUGAUGUUUUGCUGCAUCAAGUCCCCUGGAGAACAUGGCGGCGGCGAGACCCCCGUCACGGACAUGCGCGGUGUGAUGCGCGACAUGGACCCCUCCCUGGUGGAGCGUGUGCGCACGCGCCAGAUCCGCUACGUGCGCAACAUCGCCGACAAGUCGCGCAGCAGCUGGAACUGGCAGUCCAACAUGCACAGCGAGGACCGGGAGGAGGUGGAGCGGUUCCUGACUGGCAAGGGCUUCUCGUACCGCUGGAACGCGGACGACUCGCUGUCGUACUGGUUCAGCACGGACGGGCUGUCCGAGCAUCCCGGCAGCGGGGAGACCUACUGGUUCAACCAGCUCACCGAGCACAACGGAUCCUGUUUCAAGGUCCACCCUGAGUUCAUGAACGAGACCAAGCACAUCUCGGAGUUCCCUCGCCACACCUCCUACGGCGACGGGGAGGAGUUCUCGGAGGAGGACCUGGCGCAUGUGCGGGAGGUGCAGUGGAAGAACUCGUACGGGUUCCACUGGCGGCAGGGGGACGUGCUGGUCAUGGACAACUUCAUGGUGGGGCACGGCAGGAUGGGCUGCAACCCGGGAGUCAAGGAGAGGAAGAUCAUCGCCAGCAUCACCAAGAACUGAGCGUAACGCUAGCAGCUAAUUCGUGCCAUCAACAAGAACUGGGCAGAAAGUAGCAGCACAUUCGGCAACGCAAUCAGUAUCAACAAAAUAAAGAACUGAGUAGAAAGUAGCUGGCAGCUCAUUGAACAGCGCAAUCGCCAUCACCAAAAACUGAGCAGAAAGUAGCAGCUCAUUCAACAGCGCUAUCGCCAUCACCACAAACUUAGCAUAAAGUAGCAGUUCACGCGGAAAACUAUGAAAGUUUGAAACUGAACAAAACGAAGCCGUUCAUUGAACUUGAUUCUGUAAAUAACUAUCUAUACUGUUUCGAUCAAUCAUGAUCAUUCAAUA